UCACUUUCACUUCCGUAAACAAAUAUGUCGGUGGCAGCAGGUUUUGGCCGAAUUCAAGGCUUCAGGAAUCCAGAUGAAGAUUUUGUUCUACAUGGACGUUCUUCUUCUUACUGGGAAAAACCAAGUUAUCUAAAUAAUUCCCAAAUCACUAAUUCAUCAUCAAGACUUACAAGUCAACAUACAAUGUUCAACCCUGCAAAAUACAGCGACAAACACCAUGUCAAAUCCUUGGGGGAUAUAGCAAACAAACUAGGAAACCUCCGUGCAAAUCUAGACAGAAAUGUCUCUUUCAGCAACAAAUUGCAAUCAAGAGAAAUCAGCAAUAAUUCUCUUAGAACAAAUUUCAUUGACACUGAUGAUGAAUUAUCACGACUCCGAUCACAGACUUCUGACUUGAGCUUUAGAGGUCAGCCUUUAAGAGAAAAUGAAAAUGAUUGGUUGAACAGAUCAAACUCAUUGAUGUCUCAAAGGAUAACCAACACAUACAAAACAAGCUAUCCAUAUCAAGGUGAGAUGGAGGAAGAGGAGGAAUUCACAAAACAGGAGAAAAUGGAGUACCCUCUCAGUACCAAAGACUCUCUGUCUCUCCGAUACUUUCCUGUCACUAUGUCUGCUCCUUAUGAACUGUCUUACUUAGAUAUCAAUGUUCCUUCCAAUAAAAAACACAACAUACGACCUAAAUCUGCCCCACGAUUCACGUCCAUGUCUGGUAAAUCCAAGUCAAAGGUGGGCCCGUUCAACAGAAGUGAUGUAGAUAAAAUGUUUCUUAUGUCGUCUGAAGCCCCUGCUACAGCAUUAUCAUCAAAAGUGAUUACCUCCCCUUACCAGCCAGAGAUUGCCAGACUCCGAAUGGAACGUUUACGUAUUGAACAAGACAGAUUGUUGGAGAUGAAACGUUGUGAAGAAAUUGAAAGAAUUCGAGGACCGAAUGCUAGAUGGUAUGAGUCUAAAGGUCCAGAUUUCCAUUAUGAGUGUGGUAAAAACACAGAAAUGAUGAAACACGAAAACCAUUGGGAUGAGUUGGUGGAUUAUCGCAACAGUCUCUUAGACUGUUCAAAAGAUUUCAGGAAAUCGUAUGAAACAUUUGCUUAAGUGGUAUUUGUUUCCAUAAACACUAUUGAAAUCCAUUAAGAGAAAAUACAUAUUGACAAGAAAUUAUCGUUUAGCCAGAUAGAGCUAUAGAUUUUUCUGGUCCAGCUUGAUGUUUUAAAUAUAUAAACAUUCCAAAGAUACAGGAAAGAUCAUAAGUUCUUAAUAAUAAUACUAAACAAAUACACACAAAGUGAAACAACAAUUAGAUUUUUAUUUGAUUGUUAUCUAUUUGCUCACAUUUGCUUUGUUAUUGUGUUUCUAUAAUUGUCAUUCAUGUGUAGACUUAAUUGUGAUGUCAGAGUAACAGGAAUGCUUUCAAAGUAUUGUUUUUACUUACUAGAAUUUAUUUUCAUAGAAGAUUCACUUGAUAAAAAUUUAGUUUCCAAUAUUAUCGGAAAAAAUAUACAACUAUUCUGUUGCAUGUAACUGUCGCAAAUCAUAAGGGCUUUGUACACACCAGAAUAUACAAGAAAUAUAAAAUGGACUGCGGUUUGAGAAUUUGCCAAGUCCCUGUGUCACAAAUGUCAGUAUAAACAAUUGUGUCCUCCAGUUAAUAUGUCAUUAGACAUUUGUGAUAAAUGAUAAAAAUAAUUGUACUGAACAUGUUAUUUUCAUUGACAAGAAAAUGCACAUUUAAUAUUGCACUUGCUCACCUACAUGAAAGCAGCAUUACUGAUUUCAACAUGAAUAUUCCUCAAUUUGCUUGUAGCUUGUAUAUUGCUUUAACCUUUUGAUAGAUGAGUGAUAUGUUUUGUAUAGAAGUUUUCAAUAAAUCUUCACAUGCCAUACUCGACUGGCAAUGAAGCCCAACCCUAGUUGGAAAUAAGGGAAUUUUAAAAUGAGGGGGCUUAUUGUCGAAUGUAAGACUGAUUCCCAAACAGGUUUUGUACAAACUUAAUAUGUUUUCAGCAAUGAGAGAUUGAUACAUAAAAUAAGAGAGGCUAUUCCAAACAUUUUGUUGUAAUUAAAAUACAUGUAUAUGCUGACCCUUUAAAAUGCAGUGUAAGGCUUCUGUUUGUAUUACAGACAUUCCCAGUUGUAUUUUCAUUACUUGAGAAUAAUUUUCCUAAGCAAUAACUUAGGCUUAGCUACAAACUGAUGACAAAUUAAAAAUGUACAUAUCAAGAAUGUAUGGUGGGUAACUGCUUGGUUUCAUUAUACAAGAUAAUAAACAUAUUUAUUUAGACUGUGUAGGGGAGACACCUGUUAAACAGUAUAAACGAUUGUGUCCUCCAGUUUAUAUGUACAUGUAAUAUAUAUCAGUAUUAUAUGUAAUAAUUUCUAUGUUCAUGUUAUUAAAUUUAUUUAUCAUUUUAGCAAUAUAUAUGUAAGAGACAAAAUAGCAAAGCUGUGAUAUACAGAUGUGAUUUUUUAUGUCAAACAUUUGAAUUGUUAAGUUUAACAAGUUUUACAAUUCAGUACUUCUUUCUUAACAUUCACCCAGUACAUGUAACAGUUGGACUAAUUAUCAUUUAUCUUAGGUGUGACUUUUAAUGUUUGAUAAACUUUUGAGCAUAGAUAUAAAUAUACAAAAAAAUUCAAUUGAUAAACAAGAAUGAAUUUCAUAAAAGAUGUUUCUUUGGUAGUGUAAAUUUUCAUUAUGAUGUUCAAAAGUGCCCAUACUGUACAUGUAUGUCAAGUAUGCAUAUUGGUAUUCACCAAAUUGUGUGGCUCAAUGAAGAACCUGGACAGAUUACAGUUUAUAUAAAAUUUUCACCUUGUUUUUGUAAAUAAAACUUUUAGUUCACGUGUAUUUUCCUAAACAUCUGAUCAUAAAAACAAGGCAGCAUUCCUACUGCACAAGGCACUGAAACGUAUGUAUUUGCUGUAUAUGUCAUGGGAUGAAUUUAAAA